AUGCAUAUGGCCACAUCCUUCUUCUGCCACUACCUUGAAUUCUUCAGUCUCUUGGUGCUGUCAGCGUAUUCUGGGGAUUGUGUUCUGAAGAAAAAGCACUUUAAAGAUGUGCAUCUCCAACAAGUGUCUGUGAGAAGGUUCGCAUCGUUCAAUCUCUUUUCAGUAGAAGACCAGAAUACAGAAGAGGAAACUGAGACCUGGGUUCAGUAUAAAAGCAUCUUUUAUCCUGAAUAUAGUGUGUCCUUAAGAUUUCACAACGGACUGUUAAAUGUUAAAGAUGUUCUUACAAGUUUUGACAACACGGGGAAUGUCUGUCUCUGGCCAUCCGAAGAAGUGCUGGCUUACUACUGCCUAAAGCACAAUGAAAUAUUCAGGGACCUUGCUGUGUGUGAGCUAGGGGGUGGCAUGACAUGCUUGGCUGGGCUCAUGGUUGCUAUUUCUGCAGAUGUCAAAGAAGUUCUGUUAACUGAUGGAAAUGAAAAGGCCAUCAAAAAUGUAAGUGAGAUCAUCACAAGAAACCAGAAUGCAGGAGUAUUUAAGGCUCAAAAAGUGUCAAGCCGCAUUUUACGAUGGGAUAAUGAGACAGAUGUCUCUCAACUGGAAGGACAUUUUGACAUUGUUAUGUGUGCUGACUGCCUGUUUCUGGACCAGUACAGAGCUAGCCUUGUUGAUGCAAUAAAGAGAUUACUCCAACCCAGUGGGAAAGCAAUGGUAUUUGCUCCACUCCGAGGGAAUACUUUAAACCAGUUUUGCAAUCUAGCUGAAAAAGCUGGUUUCUCUAUCCAAAGACAUGAAAAUUAUGAUGAACACAUUUCGAACUUCCACUCCAAGUUGAAAAAUGAAGAAAAAGAUACAUAUGAGGAAAACCUCCAUUACCCUUUUCUUCUCGUUUUAACCAAACACAGAUAGAAGAUGAAACUUCCUUUGUUUAUUUUAAGAUGGACUACUGAAAAUUAAUCCACAUAUGUGGAUUGUCAGGGAGUGAGAAGGGUUCAAUUCCCCCCUUUUGUUCCUGAGUCAUCAUUAGAGAAAUAUUUCUGAUCUAAAUGCUGAGGAAGAUAUCAUGGAGUGUUAACAUUGAGGCAUCUUUUCUGUAUCAUUUUAGAAUGUAUUUUUUCAAUUAUAUUCCAGCCUAAAACCAAUCAGACUUCACGUGUAUGCAUUAACAAAGGUGUAAAGCUGACUUCCUUUGCUUUUGUGCCUUUAAACCUGCAUGCACUUUGUUAGUCUCUUUAAAUGUUAUUUUUGGGUUGUAUUUGAAAAUACGUGAAUAGUAUACUUUGUGGGGUCAUAUAACUGGUUGUAAAGUAGUAAAUGCAUUCACGUUUAAUUAGUAAAGAAAUAGUUGUCUUAAGAUCUUUCAAAAGUGCACCUAUUGAAUGCUUGGAUUUUUUUUUCCUUUUUUAAAUUUUUUUAAUUCUACUGUUGAUUUUUCUAUCCAUAAUUGAAAUGUCCUCAUUUGCUUCAUUGUUGAAGGCUUUAUAUAUAUAUGUGUGUGUAUGUAUGUUCUUUUCCAGCAGGACUUUUCCUCCUGUAGAUGUAUAAGAAAUUAUGCAUCAGACAAAAGCCUCAUAAACUGACCAUUUGUCCUUUGGACACAAUAGCCUGCCCAGCCCCUCUGCUCCUCCUCUCCAAUUAUGUGUGAUUAGUCUCAGUGUGUUGUGUCAAGAAGGGGGAGUGUGCUGAGUGCUUAUUAUCUGUUUAGGUACAAGAAGAGCACAUUUAGGUUCUGACUAUGAAUGGAAAGUGAGCCUUUAUCAGGGCUAAAAUCUAAAUGGUACUAUCCUAGAUAUUGCUUUUUAAAAAAUCCAUCCUUUUCUGAUAGAUUCCAAGAAAUGCUAUAACAACUGAAGGAUUUUGUAGUGUAAUCAAACUAUCUCCCUUGAAUUACUUUAUAUUGCAAUGUACUGUGGCCCAAGUAUUUGAUAAACAUUUAACGUGACUUUUCCUGUACUGGAAAAGACAAAAACCCUACAAAGAAACAGGACCAGUUUCUUAUUUUCUUAACAGUUUAAUAGACCAUUUUAAUGAUUUCUCAGCAAAACAACCUGGAUCAUUAAAGAAGCCUGUACAGCCUCUUAAAUCACACCACUUUUAAAAUGAUGAAAAAGAGAGAGAGGCAGAGACCGUGACAGAGAGAGGGAGGUGCUAGAUGCAAGGAGGUGCAUAGAAUCAUCCUGAAAUACAUUAAUUAAAAGAACUGCAGUUCCAUGGUAAGCUUUCUUCCAUAUUUAACAAAUUUGGUAGCAUGUAAACCACGAGCUCAUGAGAGUCCCUUUCUCUUCGCUCUUCUUCUCAAACAAAUUUCUUCACUACCGGUUUGCAUGUCCUUGUAUUCAAUACUUUUUAUGCUCCAUUAGAGCACCUAGAUGGAUCUCAGAAGGCAUAGGUCAAGUCGCAGUUAGAUCAUACAUUUCUGUCUCACAAAAACUUGAAUUGCAAUGCCAAGUGAUGGGCUAACAUCACAAUAACAGCAAUUUAUUCCUCUUUUGAUAAAAAGCAGGCUAUUCUCAGUGUUAGAUAAAGACCAGGGGCAAUGCAAACCAACCAUUUAUCCUAGAACUGAGUAGUAUGUCUCCCCUAUAGCUGGUAUGAGUUUCAUAUUCAAACUCUUGUUGGAAGAUACCUGCCUAGUAAGAAAUCAAAAGCAGUUAGGAGUAAUUUAAAAUUGCUGUGCAUGUGGCUUUAGUUUAAUUUGUUUGGUUUUGUUUGUCCCACAGAGCGGUGCCUUUAUUUUCUCUAAAAACAUGUACAAGAAAAUCUUUAUAAUCAACAAAGGAGUGUGAAAAAUAGUGAAAUAUUAAAAUUUGUGAACCCUUUCUUUUUGAGAGGGCUUGAAUGUCUGCUGUACAAUAAUCUAAUAAAGAUUGUUAAUUG